AUGGCGGCUGCCGCAGGGGCACUGAGGAGGCUGGUGCGAUGCGGACCCCAGCAGGGCCUGGGGCGGCUGCUGCAGCUGCGCAGCGGGAUUCACGGGUCCGCGCCGGCGGCCGUCCAGGUGACUGUCCGUGAUGCAUUGAAUCAGGCAUUAGAUGAGGAGCUGGAGAGGGAUGAGAGAGUAUUUUUGUUGGGAGAGGAAGUUGCCCAAUAUGAUGGUGCAUACAAGAUUAGCAGAGGUCUCUGGAAGAAAUAUGGAGACAAAAGAAUAAUAGAUACUCCUAUAUCAGAGAUGGGCUUUACAGGAAUUGCUGUAGGUGCUGCUAUGGCUGGGUUGAGGCCGAUUUGUGAAUUCAUGACCUUCAACUUCUCCAUGCAAGCAAUUGAUCAAGUUAUAAAUUCUGCUGGCAAGACACUUUACAUGUCUGCAGGCAUGGUGCCUGUCCCAGUUGUCUUCAGAGGUCCCAACGGUGCCUCAGCUGGAGUAGGAGCACAACAUUCACAGUGCUUUGCUGCUUGGUAUGGGCAUUGUCCUGGACUGAAAGUAGUCAGCCCUUGGAGUUCAGAGGAUGCUAAAGGUCUGCUUAAAGCAUCAGUCCGGGAUGACAAUCCAGUUGUGAUGCUGGAAAAUGAAUUGAUGUAUGGAGUCCCUUUUGAAAUGUCAGAAGAAGUUCAGUCAAAGGACUUUCUUGUUCCUAUUGGAAAAGCCAAAAUAGAAAGGCAAGGAACCCAUGUUACUUUAGUGUCACACUCCAGAUCUGUUGGACACUGUCUGGAAGCAGCUGCUGUACUUGUCAAAGAAGGUGUGGAGUGUGAGGUGAUAAACCUCCGUACCAUUAGACCAAUGGAUGUGGAAAGUAUAGAAGCCAGUGUUGUGAAGACAAACCAUCUUAUAACAGUGGAAGGAGGCUGGCCACAAUUUGGCGUAGGAGCUGAAAUUUGUGCUAGGAUUAUGGAAGGACCUGCCUUUAAUUAUUUGGAUGCUCCAGCUGUGCGUCUCACAGGUGCAGAUGUUCCUAUGCCUUAUGCAAAGAUUUUAGAAGAGAACUGCUUACCUCAAGUGAAAGAUAUCAUAUUUGCAGUGAAGAAAGUAUUAAAUAUCUAGGUUGUAUAUACAGGGUGCCCUUCCAAAGUGUGUGUCUUAAGAAGAGCAUUAAUGGAAUGGACUACAAACAUGUAUUCAUAACAAUGUUA